AACCACAAGCCCUGACCAAAACUCUCUCCCUCCCUCCCGCCUUGUAAUUAUCAUCCAGUGGACGUCGACGAUGGCCGAAGAAACGCAAACCAAGGCAGCCGAACCGGUCCCCGCCGUCGAGCCGGAGGUGGAGCUGAAGGCGGCGGUGACCGAAGCGCCUCCGCCACCCGUUCCUGAGUCGACGGAAGAUCCUAAGAAGCCAGCGGCGGAAGAACCCGAGAAGCAGGCGGAGGAAGCGCCUCCGGCCCCCGCGCCGGAAGUUAAGAAGCCCGAGGGCGAGAAGGCGGCCGCCGUCGUGCCCAAGUCAACCUCCUUCAAGGAGGAGAGCAACGUCGUCGGCGAUCUCCAGGACCUGGAGAAGAAGGCCCUCGACGAGCUCAAGCAGCUCGUCCAGGCCGCCCUCGUCAACAACGACUUCACCCCUCCCCCGCCACCUCCACCUCCCGCCGCCGCCGCCGCCGCGCCGGAGAAGGAGGCCAAGGCCGAGGAGCCCGGCCUACCAGCCAAGCCGGAGUCAGAGGAGCCUCCAAAGGCACUAGAAGCAGAGGAGGAGCCCCUGAAGCCAGAGGAAGCGGAGGAGCCCCCGAAGCCGGCGGUGGUCGAGGAGACGCCGCCUCCGCCGCCACAGACGGAGGAGAAGGCCGUCGUGGUGGACGAUGACGGGGCCAAGACGGUGGAGGCGAUCGAGGAGACCGUCGUCCCCGUCGCUACGCCGGCCACGGAGGAGGUGACUCCGGCAGCGCCAGCUGCAGAACCGGAAAAGGAGGUCUCUGCCGAAGCGUCGACGGUCGCCGUGGCGGCGGAGGAGGUGUUCAUCUGGGGCGUCCCUCUCGUGGGCGACGAGAAGAGCGACACCGUUCUCCUUAAAUUCCUCCGCGCGAGGGAGUUCAAGUUGAAGGAGACCAUGGCCAUGAUCAAGAACGCCGUGAUCUGGAGGAAGCAGUUCGGCAUCGACGCCCUUCUCGAGGAGGACCUUGGCCUGCCGGAGAUGGAUAAGGUGGUUUUCAUGCACGGGCUCGACAAGGAGGGCCACCCUGUGUGCUAUAACGUCUAUGGGGAGUUCCAAAACAAGGAGCUUUAUGCCAAGGCCUUCGGCGACGAGGAGAAGAGGCAGAGGUUCCUCAAGUGGAGGAUCCAGUAUCUGGAGAAAGGGAUCAGGAGCCAGUUGGACUUCACUCCCGGGGGGGUCUGCUCCAUGGUCCAGGUCACGGAUCUGAAGAACUCGCCCAAGUUAGGGAAGCACCGCCAGGCCACGAGGCAGGCGCUCACCAUUCUCCAAGACAACUAUCCCGAAUUCAUUGCCAAGAAGGUGUUCAUCAAUGUUCCAUGGUGGUACUUGGCUUUCAAUCGGAUGAUCAGCCCCUUCUUCACACAGAGGACCAAGAGCAAGUUUGUCUUUGCAGGACCAUCUAAAUCAGCAGAGACCCUCUUCAAAUACAUUGCACCUGAGCAAGUCCCGGUUCAAUAUGGUGGCCUGAGCAAGGACGGCGACCCCGAUUUCACCAGUGCCGAUGCUGUUACAGAAGUCACCAUCAAGCCCUCAUCCAAGCAAACAGUUGAAAUUCCAGUUUCUGAGACAUGCCUUCUUGUCUGGGAGCUCCGAGUCUUAGGAUGGGAGGUGAUCUAUGGAGCUGAAUUUGUCCCGAGUGCAGAGGAUGGUUACACAGUGAUUGUCCAGAAGAUGAGGAAGUUGGCUGCCACCGAUGAGCCUGUGAUGAAGGCCUUCUUCAAGGUCGGUGAGCCCGGUAAGGUGGUUCUUACUAUCGACAACCCCACCUCAAAGAAGAAGAAGCUCCUUUACAGAUCCAAGGCCAAGAGCUCUACCGAAUCAAUAUGAGGAGCUGCCUACCUGCCAAAUGAACUUGAUGGUACACAAUAAGCGAAAGGAUUAGGGGGAGUUGGGUUUUCUUUCUUUUAUGUUAUUUUCAUUGGUCUGUUCCUUCCAGUUAAAUUAUAUUUGUUUAAUAAAGUGGGUGAUGUUGGUUUGUAAUAUAGUUUAAGAGACAUGGUUUUCUGAAGGAGGUGUGAAGAGGAAUUAUGCUGCCUAUCUAUAUCCCUGUAAACUCUGUUGUAUAUUGGCCUCUAUUGACUCUUCUCAGUCAUAUUGGUCGCAUUGUUGGUAACUUUUGUCAUAGAAACCAUCUAUUGCUUCCUUAUUUUAUAUAUAUUUGUUUUUUCCUUUGUCUGUA